UUGUGAAACUGGGGACUAUAGUCUGCCAUCUUGGCUCCUCCUCUUGGCUUUGUUUUAGUUUUAAAUUCAGUUAUUUUAGUUGAAGAAGCGGUUUGAAGAAAUAAAUAAGCGCACAGUUCACGCCGAUUGAGGGGAGAUACGGCGGGAGGAGAGCGAGAGACGGGGGCAUUGAUCCGAAACUGGAAUAUCGGGACAGAAGGCAAGUCUCAGAAAUGGCAUCUUCUCACAUUAAAGGGGAGGCGACUGAACUGGAACCUGUGUCCAUUAAAGGGGAGGCCCCUGAACUAGAACCUGUGUCCAUUAAAGGGGAGGCCUCUGAACUAGAACCUGUGUCCAUUAAAGGGGAGGCCCUUGAACUAGAACCUGUCUGCAUUAAAGGGGAGGUCCCUGAACUAGAACCUGUGUCCAUUAAAGGGGAGGCCCCUGAACUAGAACCUGUGUCCAUUAAAGGGCAGGCCCCUGAACUACAACCUGUCUGCAUUAAAGGGGAGGCCCCUGAACUGGAGCCUGUCCCAAUUAAAGGGGAGGCCCCUGAACUGCUACCUGUUAAACCAGCAGUAUCUGAGAAUGAGGCUUUAUUAUAUGAAGCAGCAUUAGGGAAAAGACACAAGCGAAUUCACACGGGAGAGAAACCGUAUCGCUGUGCUGACUGUGGGAAGAGUUUCACUCAAUUUAGAGUUCUUAAAAGACACCAGCAGAUUCACACGGGAGAGAAACCGUAUCGCUGUGCUGACUGUGGGAAGAGUUUCACUCAAUUACAAAGUGUUAAAUUACACCAGCGAAUUCACAAAGCAGAGAAACCACAUCGCUGUGCUGAGUGCGGGAAGAGCUUCACUCAAUCUGGAGUUCUUAAAAGACACGGUCUAGUUCACACAGGAGAGAAACCGUAUCGCUGCGCUGACUGUGGGAGCAACUUCACUCAGUCAGAACAUCUUAAAAGACACCAGCAAAUUCACACGGGUGAGAAACCGCACCGCUGUGAUCAAUGCGGGAAGAGCUUCGCCGAUGUAGGAAAUUUUAAAAGACACGGUCGAAUUCACACGGGCGACAAACCGCACCGCUGUGAUCAAUGCGGGAAGAGCUUCGCCGAUGUAGGAAAUUUUAAAAGACACGGUCGAAUUCACACGGGCGACAAACCGCACCGCUGUGAUCAAUGCGGGAAGAGCUUCCAUCACUUACAAAAUCUUCAAACGCACCAACAAAUUCACACAGGAGAGAAACCGUACCACUGCACUGAGUGUGGGAGGAGCUUCAGUCAGUUACAGUAUCUUAAAAGACACCAGAGAAUUCACACAGGAGAGAAACCGUAUGUCUGCGCUGACUGUGGGAGGAGCUUCAGGCAGUUACAGUAUCUUAAAAGACACCAGAGAGUUCACACAGGAGAGAACUGAUACCCUGUAUGAAAUGUACAAUAUCUUAACAGAAUGAGAGGAAGUAACCAUGACGAUGUAGUGAAAGAGAACAUUUAAAUAUCAGGAGAGAUUUUGGAUGUCAGAAAUGACGUGGCAGCAGCCCGUUCUGAAGUGACGCAGCGGCGCUUCACGGGUCACUGCGACGGGAUUCAGGACAUCCUCCCUUGCGAUUCACUCCCGGGGCGUGCGAUUCAGGUUCACUGACGACACCUUCACAACGAGACCGGCUGAUUUAUCUAGAAGAACGGUCUGCUCUAGAUAUCCAGAGCACGGCAUUCUCAUCUGUGGACCAGACGCGGAAUCAGAAUACGAGAGAGAUUGAUAAUAAAUGAUUCCUCUCAGUAUUGGAGAAAUGAAUUGAUUCCGUCAAGGCGGGCAGCUGCAUGAAAACACAAGAAGCACCCAAACUCUGAAAACGGUAAAUCGCACCGAAGGGCUCACAGAACCCCAUUAUUACAUUCGUUUCAGUUAGGAAGAUGAUAUCUAAAAUCUCUUGCAGUAUUUUUUCGUGCAUCCCCAGUUUCCGAGCUGUCUUGGAGGUGCGAUAAAGGGGCUUAUCAUUUUCUGUUUGUUUUUAAUUCAUUGAAUUGUCUUUUAUUAUUCUUGCUCCUAAUAAAAAAAAAACACAUAAAAGGCUGUUCUUAGUCCGAGUCAGAAACUAUGUGCUGUGAGUUUGUGAUUCAUAGAGAUUAUAAUGGUUCAUGUCCAAACAGCAAUUCAGAAUUUAACAUCGUCCCUUUAUUGAUUCCACUAUGUAAGAUUUACACACACGGCAUUUAAACAUUCAUACACAAUAAUGCAUCUCCUGUUCUUACAGUCUCACACAGACAGGUUUAUAAAGGAUAGCAAUGUUUCUGUAUCUCUGAGAGUCUCACACACACAGGUU